GACCGAGAUCGAAAUUAGUGAAUCGAUUUUUGCUAUUUCGUGCUAAUUCGAAUAAAACGAAAUUCAAAUAUUUCCGAAAAAAAUUAGCGAAUUUGGACGAUCUAUUACGUAUGUACGAGUUAAUUUGGAUGCUCGAAUAGGUGGUUUGGUUGAUAGUAUUUCGAGUGGCUGCUUGGAGGAUGCUUAUUGUUCUUAUUUCCCGUUCUUGGCGAAUGUAAUAAUUUCGUGUGCCGUAUAUUAUAAGAUCACAAAGAUAAAAACGGUCUAGAUUGCGAAUUUUAUGUAUUUAUGACAAUUAAUAUAUAAACUGAUCAAGCUAUCACUUCCAUUCAUUUGUUUUAUUAGAGUGCGAUGAGCUUUUCGAAGCGGGUUUGUUGGAUCUUUUUCAAGUUCACAGUUCAGCUACAAAAGCAUGAAUUCCUCCACGCAGGACCUCGAAUCGAAAGUGGGCAGCAAUGGAACGCUUCCAGAUAUCCAGAAACCCAUAGUCUACCCGAUUAGAUGGUUCAUCCUGAUUCUGUUUGUGUUCUUCUCAGCCUCCAACUCCAUGCAGUGGAUCCAGUACGCCAUCAUCAGUCCUGUGAUUACGAGUUACUAUGGUGUAUCCAAUGACUGGGUCAAUUGGACGUCGUUGAUAUUCAUGGUGCUGUAUAUUCCGUUUAUCUUUCCUGGAAGCUACCUACUGGAAAAGUUGGGUAUGAGAUUGGCAAUCACGAUUGGCAUUUUCGGAACGUGUCUCGGAGCUUGGAUAAAGGUGGCCUCUGUGGACCCAAGCAGAUUCUACAUUGGCUUCAUUGGACAAUCUUCCGUAGCCUUAUCGCAAGUCUUUGUAUUGUCCGUACCUGCUCGUUUGGCCGCCAUAUGGUUUGGUCCUGACCAAGUUUCAUCCGCUUGCAGUAUUGGAGUUUUCGGAAACCAGAUUGGUAUUGCGGCUGGAUUCGUAAUACCGCCCAUGAUUGUCCAGGUUGGGCCAGUAGAGCAAGUGACCAGACAGCUAUAUAUUUUAUUUAUUGGUGUAGCCAUUCUGACUUCCAUCUUGUUAAUUCUUAUUUUAUGCUUUUUCAAGAGUGCUCCGCCUACACCACCAUCGUACGCCGCCCAACAGCAAGGCGAAGAAGAAGAAGUGGGAUUCAUUACCAGUCUGAAGAAUUUAUUCAAGAACCGCAGUUUUAUGUUCCUUCUGAUAGCCUACGGUAUCAACGUCGGAGUGUUCUACGCCAUUUCUACAUUGCUUAACGACAUCGUCACUAACUUUUACAAAGGAGCAGACAAAGAUGCCGGUCGUAUUGGUCUAGUCAUUACUGUUGCUGGCAUGGUCGGUUCAGUAUGCUGUGGAUAUGUUCUGGACAAAUUCCGUAAAUACAAGGAGACUACCAUUGUUGUUUAUGCGUUUUCGUUGCUUGGAAUGGUUGUUUUUACAUUUACCAUCGACCAGGGACUUUGGGUGGUGUAUUUGGUUGCUGGACUUCUUGGGUUCUUCAUGACAGGUCUUCUUCCAGUCGGAUUUGAACUGGGUUCUGAGUUGACCUACCCCGAACCAGAGGGCACCCAAGCCGGUUUGCUAAAUGCCGGUUCACAAGUCUUCGGCAUUGCGUUCACCAAUCUAUACUCGCCCUUAUUCCGCAACGCGUCACCCAUGUGGGCCAACAUCUCCAUGUGCGUGGCCUUGGCAGUGGGAUUGUUCAUGGUAUCCAGUGUUAGUUCGCAUCUCAAACGACAGGCGGCGCUGACAGCGAAAAAAUAAGUGACUACAUAGAAGUAAAAAAUAGGAAAAUAUUAGAGAAUGGUAAAGCAUAGAUCAGAGAGAUCUAAGAAAAGUCUUUAAAUUAUUUAUUUGUUGCAAUAUAAUUUAAAGACAUUAAAAUAAGAGCUAGGUCUGUAUUUAUCCAGUUUGUGGGUAUAGCUCCAAUUUAACUGCCUAUACAUCACACUAAGGUCGUUGUAUGAAGAAUUAUUUAAAUUACUUGGUGUAACAAGAUUUUAGUAUUUUAGGUUGUGUUUUGUCUUAAAAUUUAACUGAAGCCAUGACGUAAGCAUUUAUUGCUGUACAAUCAGGGCAAAAAUAUGAUGCGAUAUGAAGAAAGAUCUUCAAAAGAUCUUUGAAAUUUUUCAAAAACAAGGUUGUAUUCCGUUUCUAAUGGUUAUGGUUUUCUGUUUUGUUUCUAUGAGCCUGGUUUUUUUGGAAAAGCUCUUUUUUCUGAAUGAUAUCCAACUCAAUUAAUUGUCAUUCAAUAUCAUUUGUGUCACAGAAAAAAACUUGAGCUAUCUGAUGAGUUUAACAUAUUUUUGUUGAUAAAGUAUUUUGCAAUAUUAAACUAAAUUAAAAAUAGAUUAGAUUUUUAGACUGAAUUUAAAAAACAACAUUUGAAAUUUUGAUUAUUUUACCACACAUUUCAUAUUUAACCAAUACUUUUCAGGAACUCAUUCUUACCGUUGUUAACCAAACUGGCUAAAGUAAACGCCACGAAUGUUUGGGAGUGAUUCAUCGCUUGAUGAAGUUCGACACUCACGCUAUCGUAAAUUUUUACCGUAG